AUGUUGUGUUUAAAUCUGAUCGACAAGCAUAAGGUUCAAAACAUACACAUUGCAACAGCUACAAUGGAUAUUGAUAUUAAUAAGCAACAUGAUCAAAUAACUAUUUUUGAACGUCCAAAACAAAUUAAUAAAGAAUUGAAACAGAAAGCAGAUAAUAAUAAUAAUAUUUAUUAUGAUAUUAAUAAUUAUCAACAAGUUUAUGAAAAAAAUGCUGCACAAGAAAAUGCAAGUAGUGAUCUUGUUUGA